UUGCAUUAUCAUUUAUUUUUCAAGGUUUGAUUAACUGCUUGAUUUCUUGCUUUUAAUGUUGACAUGCACUACCAUCACAUAUAUAGCCCGUUCACAUGGCCAAAAAAAAGAAGGCAUACCGCUUUUUUUUUUCGGAAAAAGUGGCAAAUAUUUGCUGAGUCACUUUCAAAAAAGACGGCAAAUUCGGACCAAGUCGAGAGGUGGUCCAGAUGAGAAAAGUCUCGAAAAAAAGAGGCAUUUCACAGCGCGCGCGUCAGUUCAUAUUUAGCCUGGAGGUUGCAGAUGCUUGUUUUACUAUUUGCAGUGAGGUUUUAGACAAUGUUUAGUUAUAAACUAGUUUAAUAUAUAUGGUUUUCAACCAAAAACGAAGUUUCAGUUUAAAAUAAUUAUUUUUUAUUAGAUAAAAAGGUAGUUGACACAAACGUUUUGUACUGAUUUUAAGCAGAAGCAGCAUGUAGGUUUUUAAAAUCAUAAUUUAUAUAUAUAUAUAUAUAUUUUUGGGUAUAAAUAUAGGGAUUAAGAUUAUUGACAAAUAAAUAUUUACUAAAAGAAUGAGUCUAACAAAUCGAGCAAAAUGGACAGUGGACAGCACAAAAUGUUUGAUUUCAAUUGUUGAUCAGUGUGGUUUGAUAAGCAAAAUGGAUUCUAAAAAGAUGAGAAAAACGGUUUUGUUUGAUAACGUGCACAAGUAAAUGGAAUUGAAUGGUUACACAUUUACAAAAUUACAAUUGAAAAACAAAUGGAAGAAACUCAGGGAAACAUACAAUGAAUACAGCAGGAAGUUAUCGAAAUCAGGUGAAGGGUCAUCCGGUGCUUUGUCCUGGACGUAUUUUGAACAAAUGCAUAAUUUGUUGUCGACUCGACCAAGACAAGUAACAACUACAAGUGGAGGCAUUGACUCAAUUCAAUUAAAUGAAGUUGAGGACAUUCCUUCGACUUCAGGUAGUUGUGUAUAUUCACAAAAAGUAAAACAUCACAGUCUUAAAAUCCUAAAUGUUACAGGGACUGGAUUUGUUGAUGUUGCCAUAAAUCCAAGUGGUGAAAAUACAACAACGGAUAUCUUCCUACCAGAGGAACUAAGUAUGGAUCACAACUACAUAAUAUUAGAAGCUGUAGGAGGUAUGUUAAUGUAUGAGCCAAAAGUUUCAUUUCAAAACAUACAAAACAUAAUCUAUCCAGCAGAAGAACAACAAGAGGCUGGUCCGUCUAAUGAGGCAGAAGUACAGCAGGAGCCUGGUUCAGCUUCCCAGGCAGGUACACAUGAUAGCAGUAUUGAAACCGAAGCACAGGAAGAUUUACUUAUAUCAGGAGAAUCUGGAAGAUCUCAGAGGAGACAUAAGAAAAGAGCACUUGAAGAAGAUGGGUGGGGCAAAAUAUUAAAAUCAAUGGAAGAUGAAGGUGACAAGGACAGAAAAUUGGUGGAAAAAGAAAAUGACAAAAUAAUAAAACCAAUGGAAGAUCAAAAUAACAAACUGAUUGAGGCAUUACUGCAAAGAAAAAAUGACUCCGAAUGAA